CCCCCCCCCCACCAAGGAGUCAGGGGAGCACGCCAAACCCUCCUCCUUUAGCUUGGAGACAUCUCUGAGCCCCCCCGCCCACCAAAGAGUCAGGGGAGCACCCCAAACCCUCCUCCUUUAGCUUGGAGACAUCUCUGAGCCCCCCCCCACCCAGGAGUCAGGUUAACACCCCAAACCCUCCUCCUCUAGCUUAGAGACAUCUCUGAGCCCCCCCUGUCCUCUUACUUUCACCCCAGCUACCUUUUAACUUCAUGAAGAACCCUGACAUUGGUGAUUUGAUGAAUAAGUUUGAAGUCCUUGGGAUCGUAGGGGAAGGCGCCUAUGGAGUUGUCCUGAAGUGCCGACACAAGGAGACCAAUGAGAUCGUCGCCAUUAAGAAGUUUAAGGACAGUGAAGAGAAUGAGGAGGUCAAGGAGACCACACUACGGGAGCUCAAGAUGCUCCGAACCCUCAAGCAGGAGAACAUUGUGGAGCUGAAGGAAGCAUUCCGCAGGAGGGGGAAACUCUACCUAGUGUUUGAGUAUGUUGAGAAGAACAUGCUGGAGCUGCUGGAGGAGCUUCCGAACGGAGCACCGUCGGAUAAAGUCAGGAUCUACAUCCACCAGCUGAUUAAAGCGAUCCACUGGUGUCACAAGAAUGACAUUGUCCACCGGGAUAUAAAGCCAGAGAACCUCCUCAUCAGUUCUGACGAUGUCCUCAAGCUGUGUGAUUUUGGUUUUGCUCGUAAUCUCUCUGAGGGAAAUGAUGCCAACUAUACAGAGUAUGUGGCAACCAGAUGGUACCGUUCUCCAGAACUGCUGUUGGGGUCUCCUUAUGGUAAGGCAGUGGACAUGUGGUCAAUCGGCUGUAUCUUGGGAGAGCUGAGUGAUGGUCAACCGUUGUUUCCUGGGGAGAGUGAGAUUGACCAGCUUUUCACCAUCCAGAAGGUUCUGGGACCACUGCCACCUGAGCAGAUGAAACUAUUCUACAAUAAUCCUCGUUUCCAUGGGCUACGGUUUCCAACAGUGAACAGCCCCACUACUCUGGAGAGGAGGUACAUGGGGGUCAUCAACGGAGCCUUGCUGGACCUCAUGAAGAACCUGCUGUUGUUGAGUCCUACAGAGAGGUUCCUAACAGAGCAAAGUUUGGAACACCAUGCCUUCCAGACGCCGCGACCAGUGGAGCGACAUGGACCUCCUACACCCACGCCAGUUCGCUCCUCUAAGAGGAAGCCGCACCACACAGACAACAGCGCUCUCAGCAGGAGUCAUGGUGGGAGGAGUUCAGGCCACCACCGGUCGACCAGUAGAGACUGUUCCAGUCUGCCUCGUCAUGAAGACCUCCACCCGACCAACCACCCUAGCAACGACAGCUUCCUGAACGGCAACAGCCUAAGCCCCACCCUCCAUCCAAAGAGCUACGCCCCAGGUCCCCAGCUCCUAAACCGUUCUGCCUCCUGCAGCAAGGACCUGGCUAACCUGCCGCGCCUCCUCAGCCCUAAGGAGACCAAGAGCAAAGAGUUUGACUUCAUCUCUGGAACUCCAGACGGACCAGGAGCCAAGUACCUCAAAUCCAACAGUCGCUCUCAGCAGAACCGCCACAGCUUCGUAGAGGGGAAGACCAGCACUCUGACAUCAGGAGACAAAUACAGAGAGCGAGAGCGCCACAGCUAUGUGGGGGAGCACAGCUCCUACAUGAACCUUUCUAAGAGCCACGGGGCCCUGAGUGACGCCAAGUCAGUAGGGAACCUUAAUGACCCACGUCUCCACUGUGACGAGCCUCCAUCUCGUUAUUUCCCUACUUCCUGUCUGGACCUCAAUGCACCCGGCAGCCCACUCACUAGUCGCCAUGGUGACCGUUCAGGCCACUCCCCAGCAGGCCGGCGGUCAGAGAGAGAAAGCAACACCUUGGAUUCCUCCCGACGUGCCUCCUCACGACACAAGAUCUCUGAGGAGACCAAGUCCUCUGAUGACCCAGGAGGAGGUGGGAGCCAUGGUCAUUCACUGUCCGCCCCCCAUGAGGGCCUUGCAUCUGGGCUGGGCUACAGUUCCCCCUUCUCUUCCCAACAGAGGCCCCACCGCCACUCCAUGUAUGUGCGACGGGAGCGUCAGAGGACCCCUGGAGGGGGCGGAGAGGGGGGUCUGGCGGUGGGACAGGGACUGCCCACCAGAGCCUCUAGUCUACAGCUCCUCUCCCCGCAGCUACAACACCGCACCCUCCCCCGACACUCUGGAGGCUCUUCUAGAGAUGAGGACAUCACCAGGCAGCAAAGCAGUGAAGGAGCAGCCACCAGCGAGGCAGCUACCCACACCAGAGCACCGAUCAGGGACUCCACAAGGGACAACACCAGCUCCUUUCACGCUCAAAGACAGAAAGGCACAGAGGUGGGGGUCUAUCAUGAUCAGUACCCAGAGGAUGGUGUGUCUUCUAAAGAAAACCGCAUCAUGUACAGUGACUCCAUGCCCCAUCGAGUGGGCAGCUUCUACAGAGUGCCCUCCCCGCGGCCUGAUAAUGGAGGUCAGGGAAGCAGAGGACCAGGUGUUGCAGUGGACGGAAGUACCUUGACCAACCAUCCCAAACGCCAGCCAGCCUUCGACCCGUGGGCGAGCCCAGAGACAGUGGUGAUGAGCCAAUCAGAGCCAACCAAAGAGAAGGAGAAGCAGGGCUUCUUCAGAGCAAUAAAGAAAAAGAAGAAAAAAUCCCAAACGGUCCCGGGUGAUGGGGCAGAUCACGUGGUCAUCCAGAAGUCUGCCCGGUCGUUUGGUCAUCAGAGUAGCCGCCAUCGGAACAAGGAACGAGACCAAUCACGUGAGAGAGACAGAGACCAAUCACGGGAGAGAAACUGGCCUUCAGAAAAACUAUCUGAUGCACACUCUCAGAGCCAGCCUCUCAAGUCUCUGAGGAAGCUUCUUCACCUCUCCACCUCCUCCUCCUCCAAUCAAAUGGCUCCGUCUGACAUGCGCUUCCAGCCCCUGCCCAACCCACCCUCAGCUAAAGGGGGGUUCAGCGAGGGGCCUAGUCGGGGCCAUGCAGGCUCCAGCACCCCUCAGCUGAAGACCCGGCAGGCUGCCUACCCCCUCCCAGCUCAGAUGGAGUCCAGCUGGCAUGCCUCAGCCCUGGGGAGGCCAAAGGGAAACCCCUACGCUGAGCAGCAUGGGGGAAGGGAGGGCAAGGGAGGGCAGAAUGGAAACGGGUUUGGACGGCCCUCACGCUCACGGAUGCCAAACCUCAACGACCUUAAAGAGACUGCUCUGUAGAGACCAGGUGAACCCUAACCCUUGACCCCUGCCUCAACUCCUGGCCCCCCUUUGCUGCCCAGCCACGCCUGCGAGAUUACACACACAGAACCCCUGGCCAGUCAAAAGUAUAUGCCUAUAAAUGUCUUAAUUAUUUUUUUUAAGCUUCCAUAUUUGAUAGAAUUUGUAAUACUAUCUAUGUAUUUUCUGAUUAUUAUAGUUUUUAAGUUGAUAAUUAGAAAUUAACAAUAGUAAUUAUCUAUGAAUAUCGCUAUGGACGAUUUAGAGUAUACAUGUACGUUUUAGUUAAUACACAAUAUCACUAUAUUCCUUUUUAUUUCACUAUAUUUGCAAAUAUCCUUAAUAAUAUUCAGUAUAAUAAGAGUUUAUUUGAUGUUACACAGGAUGCCAUAUAUUCAUGUCCGUUCCUCAUUGAUGUAAUGCUGGGUUCAGUCUGCCUGUUGAUGUCCUCUGUUAUACUGGCAGAAGACCCUUAAUAUUGGGUUAAGGGUUGGGGGUUAUGAGGUUACUGGGUUAAGGGUUAGCGAUAAUGGGUUAGGGGUUGGAGUUACUGGGUUAGGGGUUGGAGUUACUGGGUUAGGGGUUGGAGUUAGGACAAUAUUAUAGCAAUGUGCACAAUGUUGUACAUCUCUAGACAAUUACCAUUACUGUAGUUAGUUGACUCAUUUCUGUGUUGACAAUCAAGAUAAGCUUUAGUUUGAUGUCAUGUGUUAGAGAGAGUGCUAGUCUCAGGAGAAAUCCAAUGUUUUUAAUGCAAUAAACAGCUUAAUUCCAAUAUGGUGCAGACAGUCCCUUAAACUACAGCUCCCCCUUGUGGCUCGUAGGAACCUUUACACCUUAAUUACUUAAUUAGAAUGAGGAUAGCUGUAGAGAGGAUCGGGUGUCCUCACAUUCAGGUUAAGGAUAUUAUGCACUGUAGACCAAUACAGGUCUAUUAUAUGAUCAAAUGUAAGGAUAUUAUAAUUUACUGUAUACUUCCAAAAUAAAUCAUAGCUAUAUUACAUGAUGCUAGGUGGAAAAAUAUGUUGUUUAGCCAUGCAACUGAUAAUGCAAAUAUUUCAAAUCAGUCUAUUUGUUUUGGAGACUGGAAUAAGUAUAUUGAAUAAUUUUGUUAAUUACCUGUCUGCUGUAUGUAUUAAUUUCGUGCACUUAUUGCAGAAUAUUGGUGUUAAUGGAUAACAAUAUUGGAGAUAUAAAAUAAUUAUAUUGGAGGUAAUGUAUGAUAGCAAAAUAUUGGAGAUAGAAUAAGAGAAUAUUGAAGAUAUGUAAUAGCAGAAUAUUUUAAUUAUUUAUUUUGCACAACAGCAGAUGUUACACCAGUCUGGGAGAGGACAUCUUCAGCCUGACGGCACUAUCUGAUUGUAUUUCAAUCCUGACAGAGAAGCCUGGUUAAAAUUAGCCUGGCUAAAAUAAUCUCACAUUGUGUUUUUGAAUGCUGCAGACUAUAUGGCCAUCAGAAUAAUAUACAGACUAUAUGAUGGUCACAAAAAUAUUAUUCUAGCCCUCAAAGUGUUCAAAGCCCUCAGGGGUUUAAAGACUUUAAUGCAGGGUUUAUUAAUCCUAUAGGACACAACUUGAAACACAGGUUAGUCUUGACCCUAGGACACAUUCUGACCCUAGAACACAUUCUGAAACACAAGUUGACCCUGACCCUAGAACACAUUCUGAAACACAAGUUGACCCUGACCCUAGAACACAUUUUGAAACACAAGUUGACCCUGACCCUAGAACACAUUCUGAAA